AUAUGUUGUUGCUUCUCUUGCAUCUUUUAAGGAUUAUAUGGAAACAUCCAUUGGAAUAAGUGAGUUGCAUCGUUUACUUUGUUGUUGGUGAUUUGUUCUUCAAAUAUUUUAAAAGUUCGUAUAAACAAGUUCUCUUCAAAAUAUGUUUGAAGACAUUGUAGUAGAAGAAAAUAACUUAACAGUUCAACAAAGAAAUCCAAAGAAAUCAUGGAAAGAACGUGUGGAAUCCAUGGAAAAAGCUUGGAAAGACGUUUUUAAAACCCUCCUGAAUGACGUUUUUGCCAGACAGGCAUUUUAUAUUUCGCCUUGUGGAAAGUGUGGUUGUAAGCUGCCGAGGUUUGUCAUUCGAUGCAAAACUUGUUCCAUUUUCUAUUGUGAAGACUGUGAUUUAAAACACCACGAAAAACAUUUGUUUCAUCAACGAACGCUAGCAACAGCAACAUCGUCAACCUGUUUACUCGUCCACCAAUUUAUCAAUGCAAAGGGAGAACUAUUUUCAAAAGAUAUUUCAAUUCUUUGCUUUAAACCCGAAAAAUGCUCUAACUGUGAUGGCCAAGAACAGUUGGAAAUUUUACCAGGCGAUGAAAACAUAGCAGUUGUCAACAAAGAUGGGCGGUUUGAUUUAAAAUCAGCAAAAUUCUUUUGUUCUUAUUGCAAAUUGGUCACUAAAGCGUCAAUCAUUGACUAUAUUUGUUCUGGAUAUUAGCCAGGAGACCCUAAUAAUAUAUCCUACUUAAUUUCUGAGGAUUUAUUACGGUUUUCGUA